AUGCCCGCGCGAGUCGUCCUGCGGCCGGCUCUGCGCGCCGCCGGAUUCCGAGGCGUGCGUGCGUGUGCACUCGCGACGCAAUCGGAUGCCCCAAAAGGCGCGCCGCCGCCGAGCGCGCCGCCGCGGACAACAAAGAAGAAAAAGGUACCGCAUCCCUCGGAAGGGAGCAAGCUCGAGCAGCUCAUGCGGCACCCGCUGCUCUACGACCCGAUUCGCAAGCCACGUCUUCCGAUUGUGCUGUGCCAUGGCUUGUACGGAUUUGACGUGCGCGGCCCAUUCCUCGGCCUCGAAUACCACUACUGGUCGGCCGCGCUCGACGUGCUGCGCAAAAAGGUCGGCGCCGAGGUGCUGGUGCACGGCGUGCCGCCCACCGGCUCGAUCAAGGAGCGCGCCGAGUCGUUGCACGAAUUUCUGUGCAGCUCCGCGAGCGGCGCGCGGGGCGAGCGCCUCAACUUUGUGGGGCACAGCAUGGGCGGCCUGGACGUGCGCUACAUUAUUAGCCGCAUCCAGCCUACGGAAUACACCCCGGCCUCGCUCACGACACUUGCGACGCCGCACCGCGGCAGUCCGUUUAUGGACUGGUGCAACUCCAACAUCGGGAUCGGACUGGAGCUCAUCGACAAAAUGAUGGAGGAGUCGAAAACAACAACGCCGGUGCCGCCGGUGCCCCCGCUGCCAUACAGCCUCAAAGAGCCGCUCCUGCGCCGCCGCGAAGGUAUUGCCAAGCCCAAAGACGAGCCAAAUCCCCUGCCGGGCAUGUCGACGCUCACGCGGGCCCUCACGUCGGUCUCGAGCUCGCUUUCGUCGUAUAUCCUCUCGAUCUUUGAUCAGCCCGCGUAUGCGAUGCUCUCGACCAAGUACAUGAACCGCCUUUUUAAUCCACGCACCCCGGACGAGUCGGAUGUACGCUACUUUUCCAUCGCGGCACGCGUCAAGGAGAUCUCGGUGCUGCACCCGCUGUGGCUCCCGAAACUGAUCCUCGACAAGGCGGCCGCGUACAAUACAUCCGGUGGCCAGUACGACGGCAGUGGCGACGCACUGCACGGCAAGAUGCACGGCAACGACGGGCUGGUGAGUGUCGGCAGCGCCCAGUGGGGCGACUUUCUCGGCAUCAUGGAGGGCUGGGACCACUGGGACGUGAGGGGACCGGGCGGGCCCCGGCGUAUCCGACCCGCCUCGAGCAAAAAGUCGGAGCAGUCCAGGCCGCCGGCCCCGCCGACGCUCGGCGCGCGCUGGGAGGCCCUGCGCGGCACCAUCUCCGCGUGGAUGCCAUUUGGAUCAAAGCCCAAGCCGGAGCCGGUCAAGGAGAACGACGAUACCUACUGGAACUGGCUCGAUGCGGCGCUCAGCGAGUACCGCGACGCACCGGCCGCCAAGGGCGAGGAGAACACCGAUGCGCCGAUGGAGGCGGCCGCGUACGCACUCGCGUCGUCGCGCGACAAGCACGGGCCGUCUGCCCACGAGUCGGAGCUUGCGCACGUCCUUGCGAACUGGAUUUCGUCGCAGCUCCCGGCCCGCGAGGACAAACCCGACCCGGCCGUGGACCAAAAGGACUCCAAGAUGCUGUACAUGUACCUCUCGCAGCCCCGCCAACCGCUGCUCCCAGCGCCGAACACGCCGCCGGAAGAUGCCAAAAAGAGCAAGGACUGGUUCCAUCAACUGGGCGACGGCGACACGGCUCAGGCGCUCCGCACGCACCUCGGCUGGACCGGCCAGAAGGCCAACGAGCACCUCCCAAAGCCGGCCAUGACGACCAGCACGGCGAUCGCAACGUCCGUCCUGGAAAUGUUCCCUUUCCUUUUGAACCACGGCUUGGAGGAGGCGGGCACGCCGGCGCACGAGACGUUUGAGCGCUUCUGGCUCGCGCUCUGCCGCAACCUGUACGAGGAGGGCCUGGCGAGUGCGGCGAGCCUUGCCUCAGCACUGGGGCCGGAUGCGAUGUGGGAUGCGGGCCUUUUUGGCCGGGGACGGCUGCCCCGCAUCGACGACCGCCUGCGGCCGCUCGAGUGGGGCCAGCUCCAGAUACUGCACACGACGGACAUCCACGGGUGGUACCAAGGCCAUACAAAGCUUUCGCCGCCGGAGCCGAACUACUCGGGGGAUUGGGGCGACUUUGUCGCGUUCACCCACCACAUGCGCCGCCGCGCCGCCGAGAAAGGCGUCGACUUGCUCUUUGUCGAUACCGGCGAUCUGCACGACGGCAAUGGCCUCAGCGACGCCUUUCCGCAGGUGCCGCCCGAGAGCCCCAACUUCAAGUUUGCGGUGAACGGGCAUGUGAGCAAUCAGGUGUUUGCGCUUGCCGACUACGACCUCUUGACGAUCGGCAAUCACGAGCUGUACAACUUUAGCGUCGCCAAGGACGUGUACGAGGAGUUUGUGCCCAAGUGGCACGGUCGCUACCUCACUUCGAAUGUCAAUAUCUCGCUCCCGGACGCCCCGGGCGAAGCGCCGCGCUCGCGCCCAAUCGGCGAGCUGUAUACGCGCUUUACGACGCCGCACCAGAACCUGACGAUCCAGGCGUACGGCGUGCUCUUCGACUUUCGCCUCGCCGCCGCUGGGCUCACGGUGCAGGACCCGGUGGCCAUGGUCCAAGAGCCGUGGUUCCGUGCGUCGCUCGAGCAGGAGCACGUCGACGCGUUUGUCAUUGCUGGGCACAUGCCCGUCACCGGGCACCAGGGCUGGGACGCGCUGCACGCUGCGAUCCGCCAGGUGUGGCCUACGGUGCCGAUAAUGAUGCUGGCGGGACAUACGCACGUCCGCGACUGCCGCAUGCUCGAUCUGUCGAGUAUGGCACUCGAGAGUGGGCGGUACCUCGAGACCAUCGGCUGGAUGAGCAUCUCGAAUACGAGCGCGCGUCCGCCCCACUUUUCACGGCGGUACAUUGACGCGAACCCGAGGAACUAUGCAUACCACGCCCAGCUUGCGCACUCGGGCGAGCUGUCCACCGCGCGGGGCCGCUACGUCCGCUCGGUCAUGGACAAGGUCGCAAAGGCGUGGGAUCUGCCGCACCUCUAUGGCAUCGUCCCGCAAGACUACUUUUUGGACCGCUUUCCGUUCUACGCGAACCACUCGCUUCUUGCGCUGCUCACGCGCCGCAUCCUGCCCGAGAUUGUGCGCCCUGCGAACGAGCGCCACCGCAAUACGCCGACGUUGAUGCUGAUCAACAGCGGCAGUCAGCGCUUCGAUGUACUCGCGGGUCCCUUUACCAAGAACGACCAGUACAUUGUCAGCCCCUUUCGCGACGACUUUUUGUACAUUGCCGACGUGCCGUGGCGUGUCGCAAAAGAGCUUGUGCACGGCCUCAACGAAAAGGGUGCCGCGCACAAUGAGCAGCCCGCGCAGCAUGCGGCGCAAGGCGCGGUCGACAGCAUCUUUCACCGGUACAUCGGCCGCCAGUGGAGUACGUACUGGACACAGAAGCUGCAGCAUGCUGGGCUCGUGUCCAAGAGUGCGCCGGCGGCCAUGUCCGGCCGCCCCGAGCAGGCGCGGCGGCUUGAGGAGCUCGUCGCGCAGCUCGAGGCAGACGGCAAGAAGGACGAGUGGCUCGAGACCGGCUCGUCGUUAGGCUACGUCACGAUUGACGACUGCCCUGGCCCCGGCGACGAUACGCUGCACACGCCGGUGCCGUACAGCGCGGAGCAGCCCGACUAUGUCGCAUCAGACCCCACGCCCGUACCUGACCCUGAUACCAACGUGGACGUGGUGUUUGUCGACUUUAUUCUCAAGCCGCUCGUCGGCCUGCUCAAUGCCGGCGACGAUGCGCGCAAUUACACGUUGGCGGAUGCGCAGCAGUGGGGCAACGUCUCGACCCAGUGGCUCUAUCCCUUGUACGCGCAACACGCGUGGCGCCCCGAUGACUGGCGCCAGGAGUGGGCCAAGAUGGACGUCGGCGCACGUGUCCAAGGCUAUCCCCCCCUUGCGAUGUACGACGAUCACCACGGCGACCCGUACGAGAUGGUGGCGGCAGCGCGUGCGCAAGCCGCCCCCCUUGUUUUCCAGCAGGCAGCAUAG